AUGGAAAGAGGAUCAGAUCGUUUAGCUCUAAUCACAGGGCAAUUACAUAAUCUUGAUCCUUCGUCACCGUCGUGUUCUUCCUCAUCAUCAACGUCUCAACAACGUUCAUACAGCGAAUCUUUCAUGCCACAAACUCAACCUGAUCAACAUCUCAUUCAAGAAAGCCCAUCUCUUAAGUAUCAAUUCAAAGAGGAAGUAAAGGCAAGAGAGGAACCAAAAGCCUCCACUGUUCUUCACAAACCUUUAAAAAGUGAACCACCAAAACAAGAAGUAGCAAGAUCAGUAAAGAGUCAAAGUCAACGACCUAAGAGUUCCUUCAGUUCCAAGAAACUCAAUGCUAGCAUCAUAAGCUCAGAAAGAACUCGGAGUCUAAGCUCACUUACAAUAGCUGCGUUUGUGGUCUUACUCCCAAGACUGAACAUUAUAAGCUCAUACACUAUCUUAGCUUUGAGACCACUUUGGUUGCUUCUGCUUACGGAUUGUGCUAUAGUGAUGUCUCAUCUCACCAUGGAAGCUUCCGGGGUUGGAUUGAGCCAUGAGAUAGAAGAAGAAGGAAAGGUUAAAGAUGGUAACAACGGAGAAAACUGGUCUGAUGCAGAGAGGCUUCUAGAAAGAGGAGUUGUUGUGUAUCAAGCUCUUCGUGGAAUGCUCAUAGAUUGUAGUCUCUAUAUGGUCGUUGUUGUUAUUUUUGGAGCUUCUCUUUUUUAA